AUGACAGUCUCGGAAGAAGACGAGGUGAGGAUGCGAACAAGCAAGACACUCCCCAGUCUCGUGCCUCCGCUCAACUUUGGACUCGUCGUCGCCGGCGUCUUUCGUUCUGGCCACCCAAACAGACAGAACUUCGAGUUCCUCGACACGCUCGGCUUGCGCUCCAUCAUGUAUCUGGCUGAUGAGACCUAUCGCUCCGAUACUUCCAAUUGGGCAACCGCCCGAGGCCUCAAAAUUAUGCAUUUCCGUAUGGAGCAGAUCAAAGAGCCCUGGGGCGAGAUAGAUGAAGCUAUGAUGGCCGAAGCUGUUUCGUUCUGUCUCGACACGCGCAACUUGCCUCUGUUGGUGCAUUGCAACAAGGGAAAGUCAAGGGUAGGCUUGCUCUGCGCGAUCCUGAGGAGAGUGCAAGGCAUCAGCCUGACGAGCGCCUAUGAUGAAUUCUCGCGCUUCUUCGGCGCAGCGCGCGAAGGCAGAGCUCACGAUCUCGAGUGCAUCGAGACAUUCAAUGUGAGCUCGGUCAUGUAUGACCCGCAGUACAAGCCCACGUGGCUCCUGCAAGGCUGA